AUGGGAUGUGCAGGAGGGGUGCAGCGAUUCCACCCUGUACCCAGCCCUGCAAGAAACAUUAUCUGCUCCAGAACCCUCCACGAGUCUUUGGGGGUCAUUGUGCAGCUCACCACAGCUGCCCCAAGGCAGGCCUAAAGCCUCUUUCAACUUUCCAAGUGGCAGCCCAAGCUUUAGGCCUGGGAAGAACAGAGAGGAAGGCUAAUCAGGACUAACCUGUGUGCAGAGCUGAAAGCCUGGGGAGGACUUUGGCAGGAUGAAACCUGUCAUCGUGGUGCACGGUGGAGCUGGCCGCGUCUUCAAAGAACGAGAAGAGGGAUGUCGUGCUGGUGUUGUCAGAGCUGCUCUGCAAGGUUAUGCCCUCCUGAAACAGGGAGGCAGUGCCUUAGAUGCAGUUGAAGAGGCAGUACAGUCCAUGGAAGAUGAUCCUCAUUUUAAUGCAGGCCUUGGAUCUGUUCUAAAUGAAAAAGGUGAAGUAGAAAUGGAUGCCAUUAUCAUGGAUGGAAAAAAUUUAGACUCUGGAGCAGUGUCUGCAGUUAAAUCUGUAGCAAACCCAAUAAAACUUGCUCGACUUGUCAUGGAAAAGACGAAGCACAUGCUGCUGACAGAGACUGGUGCACACCUCUUUGCUCAGGCCAUGGGCAUUCCUGAGACUCCAGGGGACAAACUCAUAACCAAGAGAUCUCUGGAAAGAUGGAAGAAGAGCCUCGAGGCAGAUUCCAACCCUGAAGAGUUUCAGAAAGACCUGGGAACAGUUGGUGCUGUUGCUGUUGACAGUGAAGGAAAUGUAGCUUGUGCAACAUCCACUGGAGGACUCUCUAAUAAACUGGUUGGCCGUGUUGGUGACACUGCAUGCAUAGGAAGUGGAGGUUAUGCUGAUAACAGCUCUGGUGCCACUUCAACCACAGGACAUGGGGAGAGCAUUAUGAAAGUGGUCUUAGCCCGACUGAUCCUCUAUCACAUGGAGCAAGGGAUGUCGCCAGAGCUGGCUGCUGACACUGCAUUAGACUACAUGAAGACACGAGUUGGGGGCCUGGGAGGUGUUAUUGUUGUUAGCAGUUCAGGAGAGUGGGCAGCAAGGUUCUCCACCAAGCAGAUGCCCUGGGCUACUGUAAAAGAGGACCAGCUGCAUUAUGGGAUUUAUGCUGGGGAGAGCCAUACAAAGUCUGUGGAUGAAGCACUGGCAUCUGAAAGUAAGAGAUUCCAAGAGUGAAGAAACACUGCCUGAGGAAGAAUGGAGAUCUGCAGCUUUUGCUGGAGAACAGUGACCAUUGAGGUCACCUUCCUGAAAGAUCUGUGCCCUUUGGACUGCUUACAGAAUCAGAAUCACAGAAUACAUCUGCUUGGAAGAGACCUCCAAGCUCAUCCAGGCCAACCCUCAACCCAGCACUGCAGGCUUAACACCAAACCAUGUCCCUAAGCACCAGCUCCGCAGGCUGCUUGAACACCCCCAGGGUUGGUGACUCCAGCACUGCCCUGGGCAGACCAUUCCAGCGUUUGAGAACCCUCUCUGGAAAAAAAUAUUUCCUAAUAUCCAGCCUGAACCUCCCCUGGCGCAGCUUGGAACUAUUUACUGCUGCCACUUGACAUCAGGGAGCAGAGGCUGCCCCCUCCUCCCUCCAACCUCCCUUCAGGAAGUUGUAGAGAGUAAUGAGGUCUGCCCUCAGCCUCCUCUUCUCCAGCCUGAACACCUCCAGCUCCCUCGGAUGCUUCUCACAGCCCAGCUGCUCCAGGCCCCUCUCCAGCCUCAUUGCCCUUCUCUGGGUGCACUCCAGCACCUCAGUGUCCUUCCUGAUUUAAGUGGCCCAGAACUGAACACAGCACUCAAGGUGUGGCCUCACCGGUGCUGAGUGCAGGGCAAUGAUGGCUUCCCUGUGCCUGCUGCCCACCCUGCUUCUAACCCAAGCCAGGAUGCCUUUGGCUUUCUUGGCCACCUGGGCACUGCUGACUCAUCUUCAGUCAGCUCUCAACCUGAACCCCCAGAUACCGCUCCAAGUCCCAGCUUUCCAAGCUCAGACCUCUGGCUCACAGGCAUUGCCACAUUUGCAAUCAGAAGGAGAUCUGGAUGUGGUUCUGCAGUGCUCCUGGGCAUGUGUGUAGUGUUUAUUGAUACCUCGAGGCUAUCAGGAGAUCCUCCUGUUCUGUGUAAGAAAGAAAAGGGCCUGGAGGCUUCUUGCUUAGCUUGCCUCAAUCCUCCAUCAAAAGGAGCCUGAGUUGCUGUAUUAGAGGAACUCAUUUCCAUUCCGUGCUCAGAACCUGCUGCCAAGUUGAUUUGAGUGCUCACAGGCUCACAGGAUGUCAGGGGUUGGAAGGGGCCCAAAGAGAUCAUCCAGUCCAACCCUCUGCCAGAGCAGGACCAUACAAUCUAGCUCAGGUCACACAGCAACACAUCCAGACAGGCCUGGAAAGGCUCCAGAGAAGGAGACUCCACAACCUCUCUGGGCAGCCUGUGCCAGGGCUCUGGGACCCUGACAGGAAAGAAGUUGCUCCUUGUGUUGAGCUGGAACCUGCUGUGCUGCAGCUUCCAUCCAUUGCUCCUUGUCCUAUCCCAGGGAGCAGUGAGCAGAGCCUUUGCCCCCCUCCUGACCCCCAGCCCUCAGAUAUUGAUAAACAUAGAUUAAAUCCCCUCUCAGUCUUCUCUUCUCCAGACUAAACAGCUCCAGGUCCAUCAGCCUCUGCUCAUCAGGCAGUGCUCCAGUCCCCUCAGCAUCCUCACCCUCUCCAGCAGAUCCCUGUCCCUAUUCAACUGGGGAGCCCAAAACUAAAGGCAGUCCUGAAGAUGGUGUCUCAGCAGGUCAGAGUAGAGGGGGAGGAGAACCUCCCUUGAUCUGCUGGACACACUCUGCUUAAUCCACUGCAGGAUCCCAUUGGCCUUCUUGGCCACCAGGGCACAUUCCUGUCCUUGCAGUAAUUAAAACCUGAACUGGGGAAAUUACAUCACUCUCCAGAGCCUUUUGAGCACUCAUCCCAGGAGAACAAAGUGCUAACCAGCAGUGAAAGACCACCAAAGAGCAGCGAAGAAUGAAGGCUACACCCUUGUCACAGGCUGGAGGGGGAAAGAACAGUGAAGGAAAGCAAACAGCUGUUCUCCAGAGAUGAGCAAUGUGAUGUUUUCUAUGGACUCCUGAUUUAUCCCAUUCACUGGGGUCAGACAUGCAGUUAAACACUCAGCAACCACCACAAAGCAGGCCACAAUAUUUCAACAUCUGUGUGGAUAGGUAAGAGGAUAGCUGGGACUGACUUAAUAUCUGGGGUAGUAAUGAAGAAGGUGAGGAUUUCAGGACACACAAACCCAGCAGCAAUCCCUGCUGCUCAAAUACAGAGGUGGUAGGCAGCUGUUUAAGUCUAAACAAGAGACAGAGAGAUGCUGAUUAACUGGGAAAAUAAUUACCUAAAAUCAAGUGAUGAAAGCAAGCAAACUGCCUCUUAACAAGCUGCUGCUUUGAAGUCUGAGAUGCUUUCUGGAGAGUCUUCUGAAAAACCUUUUAAACCACCUUGCUGGAGCUUGUCUUAAAAGAUAGGAAUUGUCCUGUGUUGCCUCUAAUGGAGUUUCUUUCUCUUGCUGUUUUUUGCCUUAGCUGCAUUUUUGGUGUGUUAAGAGGGUGUCAUUUUAUGGAGUUUAGCUGGUGACCAGGUUCCCUCUCUGAAAUCAUUCCCUGUGGUAUCGUUGCACACCAGCAGGAGCAUGUCCACAUCAUGUGUGUGUCCAGAGAUGGGCAGUGAAGGGUCUGGAGAACAGGUUUGGUGAGGAGCAGCUGAAGGAGCUGGGGGUGUUUUGUCUGGAGAAGAGGAAGCUGAGGGGAGACCUCACUGUUCUCCACAACUCCUUGAAAGGAGGUAGGUGUUGGUCUCUUCUCCCUAGUAUCAGGUGAUAGAAUAAGGGGCAGUGGCCUGAAAUUGUGCCAGAGGGGAGCUUAGGUUGGAGAUUAGAAACCAUUCCCUGAUGCUUUAAGCACCUGCAGUGUACCAGAGGAUGCUGUUAGUAGCAGUGAUUUGUUUCCUCAAGAACUCAGGCAAAGCAGUGGUGCCAGCAGUCAGGGACCUGUGCCUGGUGCUCCUCCAGAACAGAAGAGAUGUCCUCACUGCCUGCGGAUGGCAAGUGGACCUCUUCCACAGCAGUGAUUUCUUUCCCCCCUGAGUGCCAGGGGAGAAGGUUCUGGAGAGACCCUAGAGCAGCUCUCCAGGACACAGUCUCAGGUUGUGCCAGGGGAGGUCUAGGCUGGAUGUUAGGAGGAAGUUGUUGGCAGAGAGAGUGAUUGGCAUUGGAAUGAGCUGCCCAGGUUGGUGGUGGUGUUGCUGUCCCUGGAGGUGUUGAAGCCAAGCCUGGUUGGGGCACUUAGUGCCAUGGUCUGGUUGUCUGGCCAGGGCUGGGUGCUAGGUUGGGCUGGCUGAGCUUGGAGCUCUCUUCCAACCUGCUUAAUUCUAUGAUUCUAUGAACUCAGCACUGACUUUGCUUGGAGGUUGUUAAAUUCUGUGUGGGGUUUUCCUUCUUAAUCUUUUGCAAGUUGUAAGCAAUUAAAAACUCUUGCAUGGGA